AUGUCAGCCGAUUACUGGUCCUCUUCACAGCGAAGUAAGUGGCAACUCACACGAGAAGGUCUCAUGGAGAGCAGGAGGAAACUAGUGCUCUUGGAGAAGAAGAUGGUUCAGAGUGGAUUGAUCAAAGAGAAUCCACAGAUCGUUUACGAUGUGAACAUGCGAAUAUACCUUCAUACGUUAGUGGUAAAGCUUGGACGACGCUUGAAUGUUCGUCAAGUUGCAUUGGCAUCCGCCGAAGUGUACCUCUUUCGGUUCCUAACCAGGGUUCUGUUGAAGGAAGUGAACGCCUACCUACUAGUCACCACAUGUCUCUACGUGGCAUGUAAGAUAGAAGAGUGCCCACAGCAUUUACGAUUGAUAGUACUGGAGGCAAGAAACCUCUGGCCCGAGUACAUUCCUCACGACGUUACGAAACUAGCCGAAUUCGAGUUCUACCUCAUCGAAGAGAUGGAGCUGUACCUAAUAUUGCACCACCCAUAUAAGCUGCUUCUACAAAUCAGAGACUUUCUAACAGACAACAGCACACAUUUCGGAUUCACCCUUACAGACGACGAGCUCCAGCAUCUGUGGUCCCUCAUAAACGACAGCUACAUCACCGACUUGCACCUCCUUUUCCCGCCCCAUGUGAUAGCUAUGGCGGCGAUUUAUAUAACAGUUGUUCUUAAGAAGAACCUUAAUGCCAUCAGAAGUGCCGCCGGGCCCGUCGGGAAUCAGGCACAGGACGACAAGUCUUCCGCUAUGCAUCUAGAUGAUCUCAUGACUCUUAACGCGGGAGGCGAUGUGGACAUUCAGACCACCUCUGGAGGCAACUUGCCUGAUCUGAGGCUAGAUGAGGAUACGGUCAAAAUCGACCGAUUCAUGAAUUUUUUCAACUACUCGCAUGUUAAUUUAGAUGAGAUGGUUGAGGCAAUGCAAGAGAUGGUAAAUUUAUACAUUGCGUGGGAUCGCUACAACGAAAAUCAUGUGAGAAAGGCACUUCAGCAAAUGUUACUUAGCCGGUAG